GUCUCGUCAACCCUUCUCUUUCUUUUGUCCAGCGGCCUGCAAUUUUGUACCCGUUUCCUGUCAUUUUUCGACUCGUCGACUUUACACUCCUUAAGGCAUGGCUAUUUUCAAGUUUCGGUCCCUUCUCUUUGCCGCCGCGCUCAUUAACUUCUCCUACGCUUACUCAUGGGGCUCCCUCGGCUGCUAUACGAUUACGGGCAAUCGGGCGGUGCUGACUCAAGUCAAUCAGCACGGUGAACUCAUGACACCUGAGAUCUGCCAGACAGCGUGCGGCGAUCUGGGCUUCACGAUGGCGGGAACAGAGAGGGGAGAUGAUUGCUGGUGCGGCAAUAUCUUCAAGACCGGCUCCCCUUCGCACGCUUGCACCAUUCCUUGCAACGGGGAUAGCACGCAGAUGUGCGGCGGAAACAAUCGAAUCAACCUUUACGAAGUCCAAUUCCCGUCACCGAGCAGUCAAAAGAAUCCCGAUGCAUUGGACGAGGUAUCUGCUGCGCAGAUUAUAGAGGCUCAGGAGUUAAAGCGUCGUAAGGAGAAGCGCUCAGUCGAGUUUCACUGCAGGCGGUUUGGGAAUGUUUUGUGUUAGGAAGCAUACUUGGCUUACACUUGUUGGGGCAUCAUUCUCACAAUUCUCUUCUAGGCGUCUGGUCUUGUGGGGAAGAAUGUUUGUUUGAGGGGGCUUAGGGUACAGAACUUUUUACACGCUCGGAGGAGGCCGCCAUCCAAUAUCUCCUCAAUCAUUGCCCAUAGCUAUCUUGGGUGUUGUUGUUCGUUGAGGAGGAGAACGAUCAGUCGCAAUUGUUCGGAUUGGAGAAAAAACCAUGAGUUUGUGUUCGGGUUGGAUUGAGGACAAUGUGUUGGUUGUUGUAAAGUGAUUGUGAUGUCUUUUGAGGGAUCGAUGGUGGUGGUGCUAGGUGGAAAGGAUGAAAGGGAAUCUGGGAUUCGAGAUAGUUCUGGUUGAACCUGGUCGAACAUCGUAUCCUCUAUCAGAACCUGCCUCUAAUUCUCGGACUCUCGACCGUCAU